CUCUCUCUCUCUCUCUGAAUUAGCAUGUCUUCAUCAUUUCUUUCUAUAUAUGCCAGAUCAAACAACCUUAGCCCCUUAGACCUUUGUCUCUGCUUUUUCCAAGAAGAGAAAAGAGAAAAAUUACUAGACUAUAAAACACACUACGUACUUUACGAAGAAAGUUGCUCCAAGAAACAGAGAUGGGUAGACCACCUUGUUGUGAUAAAACAGGUGUGAAGAAAGGACCAUGGACUCCUGAAGAAGAUAUUAUGUUGGUCUCUUUUGUUCAAGAACAUGGUCCAGGGAAUUGGAGGACUGUUCCCAGUCAUACAGGGUUGCGUAGAUGUAGCAAGAGCUGCAGGCUACGGUGGACUAAUUAUCUCAGACCAGGAAUCAAGAGAGGUAGCUUCACUGAUCAAGAAGAGAAGAUGAUUAUCCAGCUUCAGGCUCUUUUAGGCAACAAAUGGGCUGCCAUAGCUUCAUAUCUCCCGGAGAGAACAGAUAACGACAUUAAAAAUUAUUGGAACACUCAUUUAAAGAAGAAGCUAAAGAGGCUUGAAGCAAGUGAUCUAUACUCAAAUGAUGGAAAUUGUUUAUCAUCUUUAAAUUCAACCUCCAGAGGCCAAUGGGAAAGGACACUUCAAGCUGAUAUAAACACAGCCAAACAAGCUUUACAAAAUGCCCUGUCACUAGAUAAAUCAAGCCCGAUUCACGACUAUACAAUUACUGAUGUGAAGCCCACAAAUAUUGGAUGUUAUCCAUACAUAAAACAAGAAGUGAAAAUGUCUACUACUACUUACGCAUCAAGUGCUGAAAACAUAGCCAAAUUACUCAAACAAUGGACCAGAAGUGAUUCUACAAACAAUUCCGAACAAUCAAAGGCUUCGUCAAGUACUCAAUUUUCUUGUAAUACUACUAAUAAUAAUGUCAUGACCGAAUAUUCGUCUUCAUUUGAACCCUCGAAUUCAGAUCAAUUUUCACAGGCUGCGACCCCUGAAGCUGCUGGUAAAUUUCAUGGUGAAAGCAAAAGAGAAAUGGAUGAUGAAAUUCCAUUGUCGGUAAUGCUGGAGAGUUGGCUGUUUGAUGAAACUGACGAUUUAUUAAUUUAGAAGGAUUUUUUUUUUUGCUUUUCCAUUUUGGGGGUGUUCUAUUUUGUUUUUUCUUACUCCCAAAUCCCCAAUUAGUUAAUAGUAGCAGCUAGGGAUGGAUGUGAAAUACUGAAAUCCUUAUUCUUAUUUUUUUGUCUGGUACAAUGCUUUUGAACAUUAGUGUAUAUUUUAGCUUUCAUAAUUAAGCAAAGCGCAAAACUCUACUUUUGUGCUUUGCUUAAUUAUGAAAGCUACUUAUUCUCUAAAGUGUACUGAAAUU